ACAGCCAAUAGGAGGCGAGCUUGAAUCGAGGUGACGCCGGGCGCACCAAUGGGAGAGCGGCUCUUUCCUGGCGUACUUCCGGGGUGGCGGUGGGCUACCGAAAAAAAGGCUAAUUUGUCGCCAGCUGAUUCCUGCCAUGUAGAGGAGACACGCCGAGCCGCUGUUUAGAUAAACAGGACCCAUGACCCUGACACGAGGUUCCUUCACGUACUCCAACGGCGAGGAAUACCACGGGGAAUGGAGAGAAGGGCUGCGUCACGGCCGGGGUCAGCUGACCUUCAGCGACGGCACGUGCUACACGGGACAGUUUGAGAACGGACUCUUCAACGGCUGCGGCGUGCUGGUCUUCGCCGACGGAUCCAGGUAUGAAGGGGAGUUUGUGCAGGGGAAGUUUCAAGGCGCCGGCGUCUUCACUCGCUUUGACGGGAUGACAUUCGAGGGCGACUUCAAAAGCGGAUGUGUGGAAGGCUACGGACUGUUAACGUUCAUGGACGGCGGCGGAGGAGGCGGCCACGAGGGCGUGUUUGAGAGCGGCCAGCUGAUGAGGAGGGAGGCCAGCCAGGGGGCGGUGCCGAGGGCGAAGGCGGCCGCCGCCAAGGCCCGCGCUCUGACCGCGUGACCCCCACCCACCCCCCCGGACGACACCAGCAGCCUCCGUCUCGUCCGUUUCUACGACGACCGCCUUGCAAACGUAACGUUUUGACGGCCUUUUCUUUCUUCCGGUUGUUUUUGUGGUGUGGAGUAGCGAGCCGCAGAUUCUGGGUCAGCCGGGUCCAAUCACAGUGGUGCUAAACCCCCACGCCAUUUCAGCGUCAAAGAACGAGACAUCCUGUCGACGCUACCGAAACAAAACAAGGUUGCCGUGGUUACGACACGUCAGGAGUCACAGUCAACGCAGCUGCUCCAUGUGUUUUAGGAGCGUACAAACGGUGUGAUGCCAUCUGUCUUAAGUCCGGAACAAUUUUUGAAACGGUCGCCCGUCUCUCGUCCUUUUGUCCAUUUAGGUUGCCUCGCCUUGACGGGUAUCGAAACUAGAGAUGUCCGAUAAUAUCGGACUGCCGAUAUUAUUCGGCCGAUAAAUGCUUUAAAAUUUCAUAUCGUAAAUUAUCGGUAUGGGUUUCAAAUAGUAAAAUGUAUGACUUUUUAAAACGCCGCUGUGUACACAGACGUAGGGAGAAGUACAGAGCGUCAAUAAACCUUUAAGGCACUGCCUUUUCACACACACAAGUGAAUGCAACACAUACUUGGUCAACAGCCAUACAGAUCACACUGAGGGUGGCCGUAUAAACAACUUUAACACUGUUACAAAUAUGCGCCACACCAAACAAGUAUGACAAACACAUUUCGGGAGAACAUCCGCACCGUAACACAACAUAAACACAACAGAACAAAUACCCAGAACCCCUUGCAGCACUAAUCUUCCGGGACGCUACAAUAUACACCCCCCGCUACCCCCUGCCCCUAACCACCCCCCC